GUCAUGUGAGGAGGAUUGUCCUCAGCGCCUCCCCGUAGUGACGUCACGGACACGGCCUGGCCGAUCAGAGACUCGGGAGAGAUCGGAGCGGAAGAGUAAUGGGAAAAUCGUACUCUCAGAUGCCGCCGCACGGUGGAAAGGAGGCUCUGAAUGAAGGCGGCGCACCAUCAGAAGACACUAGCGCGCUCGUGAACUCGGAGGCCCAUGAGGAAGGAAGGAACGGUGACGUGUCCCAUUUCCCCUAUGUGGAGUUCACAGGGAAAGACAGCGUGACCUGCGCCACGUGCCAAGGGACGGGACGCAUCCCCAGAGGUCGUGAAAAUCAGCUGGUGGCUUUGAUCCCGUACAGCGACCAGAGGCUACGUCCAAGAAGAACAAAACAAUAUGUUUUUGCUUCCGUCACUUUAUGUUUGCUGAUUUCUGGCCUGGCAGUCUUUUUCCUUUUCCCACGUUCCAUCGACAUCGAGUACGUUGGUGUCAAGGCCGUCUAUGUGGCUUAUGAAGAAUCCACUAAUACUGUGUUUCUCAACAUCACGAAUACACUGAAUAUAACCAACAACAAUUACUAUUCCGUAGAAGUUGACGAUAUUACCGGUCAGGUUCAAUAUUAUAAAACCGUUAUUGGGAAGUCGAAAUUAAACAAUGUCACGAAGAUCGGACUGCAGGAGACGAAACAAAUUGACUACAUGGUUCCGACCAGAAUAGGAAAGGAGUUUGACUACAUGUACACCUACUGCACCCUGCCAAGCAUUAAAGUUCACAACAUAGUGAUGAAUAUGCAAGUGACGGUCACCAUUUCAUACUUGAUGCACCCGGAGCAGUUCUCCCAGGAAGUCUACCAGUACGUAGACUGUGGGGGCAACGCCACUUACCACCUCGGCCAGUCCAAUCUCCCCAUCUUCAAACAGCCGUAAGCUUCGCCAGGCCGCAACGGAGGCCUUGUGCUAAUUUGUUUUGGCUUUGCCGUCUCGGCACAGGACGGCCGGCAGUUCUUUUCCAUUUAGAGCGCACGGCUUGCGGGGAGCGGUCUGCGCUAUUAUAGUAGGCUCUAACUUAGACUGAAGGUUUCCAUUCACCGAAUCACUGGGCGUGGUUCACCAAACUCAACGUGUAAAUACUUCUUCUGUACAUAGUGGAUUGUUAAUGUACUGUAUAUGUCCAAGAAUGCAGGUGAUGUAAUAUGUCUAAUUAUUGGCCGCUUUUUAAAGGAUCAGCCCACCCCAAAAAAAAUAAAAAGUCAUAGUUUGUUAUAAUAUUUCUCGAGGGCCUCUGGAUUUUUGGAGCUCCACCCACUAGCUAUUUAGGUUACAA